AAAAAUCCUGUGCAGAUCUUGUAACUUUAAACCUGGUCUGAGAUCAUAAUUUUAGUGCUGGCCAAACAGAGUGCAGAGGGCGGGCCUGACUCUUUUUUUUUCCAAGACCACCUUAGAUAGCCUCCCACCCCUGAGUUAACAAAAAAUGCUGACUCCAUUCUCAGUUACUUUUCUUUAGCUAUAUAGUUAUCACUCUGGGAAAACCUACCCCUCUAGCUACUGCACUCAAAGGAAUAUUUGGAACCCCCAAGUUUUUCCACAGUGAUUUCUGCUUGUGAUUUCAACUUUCCCCCACGCUGUCUCUAAAAUAAUCAGAAUUUGGAAUAGUUUCAUCCCAAGAUUGGAAACCUAUUCUCUAACAGAACUACCAAAGAUGUUUAUUCAAACUCAACUCCUCAUCUUCCUCCUAGGGAGCAUGCCCUUCAGGGUGUUUGCUGAAGAAGCAAGCACAGUUCAACUGGAAGAUGAAACAGUAUCAAACGAUUUCAAAGACAGAAAUGACUCAGAGAUUGAAGAAAGGCCAACUCUGUUGCCUACAAAACUGCACACCAUAAGAGACCUGUUCCCCUUAGAAGAGCUAAUAACCACAGAAAGUAUAGUUGCCAAUAAUGAAGACAGUGAGAACUCUACCGACGCGGAUGUUGUCGAAAAUUCUGAAGAUGAAGUGGGUGGUGAGCCAGGGACUACAGACGAGAAAGAUGGCCUGGCAACAGUUACACUGGUUGGAAUCAUCGUUGGAAUCAUAAUAGCGGUGGGAAUCGUUACUGGAAUCAUCAUUGCCGUCGUGAGGAAAAUGUCGGGCAGGUACUCGCCCUAAAAAUAAGUGAAGAAGGAAAUCAUGUCGUUUUAAGCCAGAAAAUAAAAGUGCUUCCUAUUUUACAACUGCUAGAGACUCUGUUCCUGUAUCGAUGUGAGAAGAUGAUCCAUGGAAAUCAUGAAUGCAGAAUUCCAAAUCCAUGGGGAUCCCACACAGCUUUCUGGAGGGAUGCUUUACAGACUUAUCAGAAAUGCAAUGAUUCAUAGGACUUUGAUAAUCAAAAGUAUUUAAGAGGAAUGAAAAAAACAUGCUAUAGAAACGAAAAACAACAAGUAAAGCCACAUGCAGCUGAAAGGUGCUUUAUCGGUAGUAUAAAUACAAUUGUAGAUAGGUGUUAAACCACGCCAGGAAAAAGUUGUCAUCUCACAUUGCGUCCUGUUGGUUCCUCUGAAAAGUUAAAUCCAGAUUCUCUUCUGUUAUAAGCCCACUGUGAAGUGAGAAAGUCUGGUGUAUCUUUCAGUGCUAUAAAUGUCUAAAACCACCAGUCCUUGUAGGAUGUUGUUUUAUUGAAUCUGUAUUGUUUAGCAAGGUAUGAAAGUAAUGUCACCCUAACAAUCUAGAAUUGACUUCAGAGGGAGACAACUAUAUUUAAAUGAUGUAAGCAAAUUGCAUUCAUGGCCUGGCAGUUAAAUCAUUCUGGUAAGGAGGCUGCACUUCUAUACAGAAAAGCAUGGUUGGCCCAGCUGGAACUGACCUACCAACUCAUCUCUCUGACUGUUGUGCCAAGACCUUCUGUCUUCCCUGUUGCAGAGAUGAGCAGGGAUUGGAAUACACAUCCUAACUUAAGCAGUGCUAGGAAAAUACCCAUUUUGGAUGGGUCAUCGUAACCUAUUACACAACAAGAGUUGGAUUUGAUGUGUAGACGAUGUCUGAAUCAGUAAAUGGCAUUCUUUUUAUACCGUUUUCUUUUCUUUUCUUUUCUUUUCAACUGCAUGGCAGGCUGAGUUUGGCCACACACUAUGCCACAUCAGAUCACCGCACAUAUUGAUGAGGUGUAACACUUCUCUGGACACAACAUAAUUUUUACCAUGGUAUACAUGAUGCAGUGGGACAGGAUGUAACUGAGAUUUCAAAGUAAAAGGCUUUAAGUUCCAAAUGGCUGCAAACUAUCAUGUUUUGUAAGGGCCUACUCUGGAAUCCACUUCUACAGAGUGGACUAAACAUGCAAACUUUUCCAGAUUUGCUCUUCCAUUUCCUUUGUCUGCCAUGAUCUAUAUAUAGAGCUGAGCUUUGGAAAUAAAAAAAAAUAUGGUGUAUCUUAUGUCAGAUUUUGCAACCAUUAAUCUUGAUUUUCUUUUAUACUAUACACAAAACCACUUUAAUUCUUACCUUUCUGAAUCUUUCUUCCUUCUGUUACUGUCUCUCUGUCCUGGAUUCUGUUUGUCUUUUACAGACUUUGGCACAUUUCUUUUAUUAAAAAAAUCAAGUGUAUUUAAAAACGUCUAUGUACCAGUCUAGAUACACUCAUGAGAAAAAAUAAUUUAGAAACCGUUUGCAGUGCAAGGCUCCAACUUAUGCAUCAGUGAAUCCUGAUCUCUGGUGACUACGUUGAGCUCAAAGUAUAGAGAGAUUAGGAGAUGAAAGUAAUUCUAGAGAUCAGCAAUCAUUUUAAUUUAGCAGACUUCAAGUUUAUGGCCUCCAUCACGUUCAGCCCUGUGUUUCGUCAAGCUGAGCUUGUGCAAACUUUUCUAUUAAGAGAAGGGCCCAAACUGGAAAAAAAAAUCAAAUCUGGAUCUGGGGGUUGGGAUGUUUUGAUACAGGCUUUUGCUCUGGUCCAUUUAUAGAGUCCAAUUUGCAGACCUGGGAUUUAAAAAAAAAAAAUCUCAGAAUUCAGAUAUGUUUCGGUACAGGGUUUUGGUUUGGGCCUGUAUCUUUAAAUCUAUUUGCUUCCACAGUCACUGAGAGAACAUUUGUAAUGUCAGAAGUGGAAUGUAACAUUCUCUUCUUUGUCAUCAACUAAUUAUAAAGGAUGAAUUUCACCCUGGACAGAGGUCAGCUCAAGGCCUAUGGACCCCAAGGCUCACUUAAGGCAGGGUUUCUCAAACAGGGGUUGCCGCUUCUGUAGGGAAAGCCCCUGGCGGGCUUGACCGGUGUGUUUAUGUGUCCUGUCCACAGAUCCGGCCGAUCGCAGCUCUCACUGGCCGUGGUUUGCUGCUCCGGGCCAACGGGAGUUGCUGGAAGCUGUGGCCAGGAUGUCCCUCAGCCCACGCCACUUCCAGCAUCUCCCACUGGCCCGGAGCAGUGAUCCACAGCCAGUGGGAGCCGCGAUCGGCCGGAUCUGUGGACGGGACAUGUAAAUACACCGGCCCGGCCCGCCAGGGGCUUUUCCUACAGAAGCAGCGACCCUUGUUUGAGAAACCCUGACUUAAGGCCUACUUUGAAGAUUUAAACGGGACUUAAGUGAUGCACAGGCUUCAUGCUGGCUCUCUACACAGGGGUGAAGUUCCCUUCAUCUAAUGGUACCAGAAUAUCUUUAAUGUUUAAGAAGCCUGACUUAGAAUAAAAUGGUAAUAUGCCUUUCUGGCUUGAUUCUGAGUGACUGCUCUCAUAAAAAUAUAAUCUAGAGCUGUACAGUUAAAGUGAGCUAUUUCUGUGAUGGAUAAGAUGGAGUUUAGAGUUGCCUGCGUAGGGUGGUGAUAAGCAUAAAACUGAAUUAUUGCUGUUCAUUUGUUGUUAAUUAAAGACUACUGCAUUGCAAUGUAAUUCAACUAUCAAAGUGUUGACACCCUAAUAUUAAUCUGUUGCAAUAUAAAAGGAUAUUUUUCUAUAGCUAUGGAAUACAUUUCUCAAAAAAUACAUUCCUACUUCACUUCAAUCUAAUUUGGCUUAAAUUUUGUCUACACACAAAGUUGCUCUGAUUAGCUAAAAUCAGUUUGAUAGAACAUUGUGCUAAACACAUGUGGACAUUCUGAAACCAAUUUAAACAUGGUGUGUUUCAAUUUAGCUACAGAACAAUUCUUUACCAAAUUAGGCUGAAUUGAUACACAGCAUUUUUAAACCACAAGGGGUGAAGUCCCGGCUCCAGCUAAGUCAAUGGCAAGACUCCCAUUGACUUGAGUGGGGCAAGGGUUUCACCCCCACAGGCCAUAUCGGGUUAACUAAAAUAAUUAAAUUAUAGUUAAGCUGGUAUGUAGAUAAGGUCUUACACAGAUAGUCUCACUGCCUUCAGCAGGAGUACUCAUGAGAUUUUGCCCAAUUGUUUUAAACAGUUCUGACAACUUAGCCUUUAAUUUCCUUUUAAAGUGUUAAGGGCUGUACAUUCUUCUUCCGGGUAAACACAUCUGGUAACAUGCAGUGGGAUAAGUGAAACUCACACAAAUGCAUUGAAAAGAAAAUAUGCCCUGAGGUGAGCAUCUCUACAGAAUUCCUAUUCCAUGUGGCUCAGCUCAGAUACAGAUAUUUGUGUUUAAUAAUUUAGAAAUAAGUUUUGUAUUUCAUCAUUUCCCACUAAUCUCCUUUGUUUUGUUUAUUUCUCUGCAUAGUUAUAUGUUGGAAUUUUGAGGGAACUAGUUUACUAUCAGUAUCCUAAGAGGACGAGGGGAAUCCAUAUUUAUCCUUGAUAUUUUUAAAGGAUUAUUAUGUACUUGUUUGUGAAUCUCACAUACGACUUUCCUAUCUGAUUUUAACUUCAUAUGUGACCUGUAUGAAGUUGCUGAAAUGUGUGUAAAUCCAUGUGAAAGCAGCAAAGAUAUUGAUUUUUCUUACUAUGGCAAGAUAUGAUUAUAUGAAGUGUAAAUUACGUUAGUCUAGACUCUGAAAAAAGUCUUAUGUCUGUACUAGAAACUUCCCUGCGUGGUGCACUUGAUCACUGACCAAAUGGAUGCCAUCUGGAAUUAUGAAUUAUUCAGCCAUUACAGGGAAUAUCACAGAUUUCACCA